AUGGAGUUUUCGGAUAUCCAUGUUUGCAAGGCGACAGCAUCAGUAGGGUCGGGUUUCCUCCUUUCUCCAUGUAUUAAGCAAGAGUAUGGGGUGGACUAUGAGGAGACUUUUGCUCCGGUAGCCAAGAUGACUACAGUGCGUACGGUUAUUUCUAUUGCUGCUUCACAAGGCCGGCCACUUCAUCAAAUGGACGUCAAAAACACAUUUCCUCAUGGUGAUCUCAAAGAGGAAAUUUAUAUGGCCCUCCCUCCUGGUUUUUCCUCCUCCUCUUCUUCGGAUGUAUGUAAGUUGAAGCGAUCUCUCUAUGGGCUGAAACAGGCUCCCCAAGCAUGGUUUGACAAGUUUCAAACUACCUUGCUUCAGUUUUCCUUUCAGCAAAGCCAAUAUGACUCUUCUUUAUUCCUUUGCAAGACAUCUGUUGGUAUUGUUCUUCUUUUGGUUUAUGUUGAUGAUAUUGUUAUCACUGGGACCAAUUUUGCUUUGAUUGAUCAUCUCCACCAGCAUCUUCACGCCUCUUUUCAUAUGAAGGAUCUUGGUCCUCUUAAGUACUUCUUGGGAUUGGAAGUUUACACUGCUCCUUCAGGCAUCUUCCUAAAUCAACAUAAGUAUACACAGGAUUUAAUUACUUUGGCUGGUCUUCAGGAUACUUCUUCUGUGGAUACUCCUCUAGAAAUUAACACAAAGUAUCGUCAUGAGGAGGGUGAUCUCCUUUCUCAUCCUACUGUGUAUCACCAUCUGGUGGGUAGCUUGAACUAUUUGACUAUUACUCGGCCUGAUAUUUCCUUUGCUAUCCAGCAAGUUAGCCAUUUUAUGCAGACUCCACGCCAUUUACACUUAGCUGUCGUUCGUCGUAUCAUUCGAUAUCUUCGAGGGUCCCCUAGCCGUGGAUUAUUCUUUGUUGCAGGCUCUCCUCUUCGUCUCGUUGCUUAUAGUGAUGUUGAUUGGGUCGGUUGUCCUGAUACUCGCCAUUCUGUCACGGGCUGGUGCCUCUUCCUUGGAUAUUCUUUGAUUUCUUGGAAGAGUAAAAAGCACGCUCGUGUUUCGAAAUCUUCAACUGAAUCUGAAUACCGUGCGAUGUCUGCUGCUUGUUCUGAGAUUACUUGA